AUGCAGGGACCUUCAAGUAAGCCUUGUUCAUUUGUCUGGGUACUUUACACCGUUGUGUAAGUUAGUACAACACCUUAGAGGGUCAUCUCUUCGAUGUAUAUUUUUGGCAGUACUGUGAUAUUAGACGAGCAUUCUUUGCACAGGGGUUGGGGUGAGUAAGCCUACCUUCCAUGUGGUAGCGGACCGUUCAUAGCCUAGCAUGCCUAGCAGGUGUCGAAAAUGGAGGGGGAUUGGGGAGAGAGGCACCUUCUUUUUUCCCUUUUGUGCUUUCCCCCCCCUCUCUCUCCCCUUUUUGCGCCUACCCGACACGCAGGCUAUUCUUUAAGAGGUAACCUCCUACGCAGAUGUUCUUAGCGCUUCUUCAUCCGGUGGAACUCGUGACGAAGUCCUUAGAACGUCUGCGUACGUGGCUUAUUACCCCAGUAUCAGCUAUAGUGGAACUGCCCACCUACCCCUCCCUUAAGGCCAACAUUCUGCCCCAAGUGAGAAGUAAGUUUUAAUGUUGGUUUAGGGUGGAGGUAGGUGGGCAGUUUCCAAUAAACUUAUAAUGAUCCGUAAUAGUAAAAUAUAUGAAAAAGAACCUCGAUAUAUCGAAACCUCUGUGUAGCGAACCAAUUUUGCCGGUCCCUUGGCCGUUCGUUAUGUCUAGGUUCCACUGCAGCAAAAUUCCUACGGGCAGGGAGCAAACAAACUAAUUUUGGAAUCGGCUUAUCCUAUUUUCUUUUGCGUUAGAUAACAUCAAACUGCCUUUAGCAAGGAAUACCAUUCCACCUACAAAUAGAGCUGAUGAACUAAGCAAUAGACUACUUGGACAGUGUAGUAUUUCGGGGCCGCCACCAGAUCACACUUUUGCGGCAGCAUCCAAUGUAGCUGGUGAAUUCAAGAAUUCAACCGCACCUUCAAGGGGAAGUUCGUCGAAAGAAGCGCAACACAGAAAAGAAAUAUUUGUGAGAGGUGACUCCUUUCCCGACAGUGAUGUUUUGGUAAACCAAGAUCAGAGGUAG